CCAUCCCCUUUUCCUGAUUUCUUGAACUCUUCCGUUCCAGUUCUUUCUCGGUAAAUUAGUUCCACGCCCUGUGCUCCGAGGCCCCCCCUCCCGUCGCCACCACCACCGCCGUCUCACCCGUCCCCUCGGCCGGUAUCCGGCGACCCCACGGCGGCGAUGGAGCCAGACGUAAGCAUGGAGACGGGGUCCAUGAUCCGGAUCGCGGUGCUGCCGGUGGGCGGGGCGAUUCCCCACCGCCAGCUCCGGGAGUACGCGGCGAUGCUUGGCCGCCAGACCCGGAUCGACCUCUCGUCCAUCAGCUCCUUCUACAAGGAGCACCAGAAGAGCCCGUUCGCCCACCAGCCCUGGGAAACGGGCUGCCUGCGUUUUAAGUACAUGCUCGGCGGCGCGCCCCCCAGCCCCUGGGAGGACUUCCAGUCCUGCCGCAAGAUCCUCGCCGUCGUCGGCCUCUGCCACUGCCCCUCAUCCCCCGACCUUGAUCUCGUCGCCGACCAGUUUGCUGCCGCCUGCAAGGGCUACUCUUCCGCCCUCGCCAAGCGUUGCUUCGCCUUCUGCCCUACCGACUCCCAGCUGGAGGAUGAUGGUAAAAAAAGAGAAAAUAUUAUACUUUUCCCACCAUCCGAUCGACAAACACAGGAGUUUCACAUGCUUACAAUGGUGCAAGAUCUUGCUGCUACGCUAUUGAUGGAGUUUGAAAAAUGGGUUCUUCGUGCAGAAUCUACAGGGACCAUUUUGAAGACACCUUUAGAUUCUCAAUCUAGUCUCGGUUCAGAGGAGGUGAUCAAAGCGAAAAAAAGAAGGCUUGGUCGUGCCCAAAAGACGAUAGGGGAUUAUUGCUUGUUGGCUGGAUCACCUGUCGAUGCUAAUGCACAUUAUUCUACAGCAAUAGAACUUGCUAGGUUGACUGGAGAUGUGUUUUGGCAUGCAGGGGCUUUAGAGGGUAGUGUUUGCGCCUUACUGCUUGACCGUAUGGACCAGAAAGACCCUGUUUUAGAGGAGGAAGUCAAGUAUCGUUAUUACACCGUCAUCCAGCUUUAUCGAAGAUCAUAUUUACAAGAUAAUGCACAAAGAGUUUCAACGGUGAGCUUUGAACUUGAGGCUGCAUUGAAGCUGGCUAGAUAUCUUUGCCGGCGUGAACUUGCUAAGGAGGUAGUGGAGUUGUUGAUGGGGGCUGCUGAUGGUGCAAAGUCACUAAUUGAUGCCAGUGACCGCCUGAUACUAUAUGUUGAAAUAGCUAGAUUAUUUGGAACUUUGGGCUAUCAACGUAAAGCAGCCUUUUUCUCACGCCAAGUUGCUCAGCUGUACCUACAACAGGACAAUGCUUGUGCUGCUAUCAGCGCUAUGCAAGUUUUGACUAUGACAUCAAAUGCUUACCAUGUCCAGAGUAGAAGGGCCAACUCAAAGCCACAUACGUCACCCCAUGAACUUGGACCAAGUCAUGGUGAUGGUGGGAAGUUGCACCCACAGUCUGUGGUUUCCUUGUUCGAGUCUCAGUGGAGCACACUGCAAAUGGUUGUGUUAAGAGAGAUACUGAUGUCCUCUGUUCGUGCUGGAGAUCCUCUUGCUGCAUGGAGUGCAGCAGCUCGUUUACUUAGGUCUUUUUACCCGCUGAUCACUCCUGCUGGUCAGAGUGGCCUUGCAAGCUCACUUGCGAAGUCUGCAGAGAGGCUUCCACCAGGGACACGCUGUGCUGAUCCUGCCCUUCCUUUCAUCAGAUUGCAUUCCUUUUCACUCCAUCCUUCACAAACAGAUAUAAUAAAGCGCAAUCCACUGAAGAAGGAAUGGUGGACUGGUUCGGCUCCUUCAGGACCUUUUAUAUACACACCUUUCAGCAAGGGUGGUACAACCAAUACCAAUAAACAGGAGAUGACUUGGAUUGUGGGGGAGCCAGUUCAGGUUUUAGUGGAAUUGGCAAAUCCGUGUAGCUUUGACCUAAUGGUUGAAAGUAUCUAUCUCUCUGUUCAUUCUGGAAACUUUGAUGCUUUUCCUGUAAGUGUGAGUCUUCCACCUAACACUGCUAAGGUGAUCUUGUUGUCUGGAAUCCCAACAAAAGUUGGACCAGUUUCCAUUCCUGGAUGCAUUGUUCAUUGUUUUGGUGUCAUUACAGAACACCUGUUCAAGGAUGUUGAUAACUUGCUUCUUGGAGCAGCACAGGGUCUCGUUCUUUCUGACCCUUUCAGAUGCUGUGGCUCUGGCAAGUUAAAAAAUGUGUCCAUUCCAAGCAUUUCUGUGGUGCCCCCUCUUCCUCUGCUAGUCUCUCAUGCGGUGGGAGGUGAUGGUGCUACAGUGCUGUAUGAAGGUGAAAUUCGUGAUAUUUGGAUAAGUCUCACCAAUGCUGGAACUGUGCCAGUUGAACAAGCGCAUAUUGCACUAUCAGGAAAAAAUCAAGAUUCUGUUAUUUCCAUUGCACAUGAUACUUUGCUGUCAGCCCUUCCUCUGAAACCAGGUGGAGAAGUCACACUUCCAGUGACUUUAAAAGCAUGGCAGCUUAGCAUGGUAGAUUCGGAAAUUGAUUCUAGCAAGAGCAGUGGAAGUACACGGAGGAUAUCUAAAGAAGGAAGCAGCCCUGUCUUGGUUGUUCACUAUGCUGGACCUUGGACACAUUCUGAUCAAUCCAAUAACACUGAAAACUCUGUGCCCCCAGGAAGACGCUUGGUUGUUCCACUUAAUGUUUGUGUUUUACAAGGCUUGCGCUUUGUGAAGGCUCGAUUGCUCUCGAUGGAAAUUCCUGCACGCAUUACGGAAGCCCUUCCUAAACCACUUUAUGGUGACAAGAAUCCAGCUGAUGUUGUGAGUAGGGAUGAUAGUAUGGUGAAGAUUGAUCCAUAUAGAGGAAGCUGGGAGCUGCGUCUGCUUGAACUUGAGUUGUCAAAUCCAACUGAUGUUGUAUUUGAGGUUAAUGUCUCUGUUCAGCUGGAUAAUCGCAAAAAUGAGCAUGGCAUGCCAAUUCUUAACCAUGAAAAUGCUGACUUUGGAUAUCCUAAAACUAGAAUAGAUCGUGACUACUCUGCAAGGGUACUAAUACCUCUGGAGCACUUCAAGCUGCCUAUUCUUGAUGGUUCUUUCUUUGCAAAGGAUUCUCGAGCAAGUGAUGCCUUUUGCAGUAAAGUUUCAAAUAUGGCUGAAAGGAGUGCCAAAGCUGAGUUGAAUGCUUCUAUCAACAACUUAAUCUCAAAAAUUAAAGUAAGAUGGCACUCUGGACGCAAUAGUUCGGGUGAGUUGAAUAUUAAAGAUGCUACUCAACCAGCUUUGCAAGCAUCAGUAAUGGACAUAUUGCUGCCCGACCCUCUAACCUUUGGGUUUAGGCUGGCAAAGAAUGGAGCAACAGCCCGAAUCAAUGGUUUCCCAGAAGAAUCAAUUAUUUCAGGUGAUCCUCCCAGUCAGUGUGUUAAUGGGAGUGUCGUAAAAUGCAAAGGUUCUAUCUCAGCUCAUGAGAUGACUCAUAUGGAAGUUCUUGUUCGAAACAACACCAAGGAAAUGAUUCAAAUGAGCCUUUGUGUUGCAUGCAGAGAUGUAGCAGGGGAGAAUUGUACUGAAGGGAAUAACGCAACUGUGCUAUGGGCUGGUGUACUUAAUGACAUCCGUUUGGAGGUUCCACCACUAGAAGAGGUGGAGCAUGCCUUCUCUCUUUAUUUUCUUGUGCCCGGGGAAUACACACUGCAAGCAGCUUCUGUCAUAAAUGAUGCAACUGAUGUCCUCCGUGCCCGAGCAAGAACAGACUCACCUGAUGAACCAAUUUUUUGUCGUGGCUCCCCUUUCCAUGUGCACGUAGUUGGGACUGCCUAGGGCAUAUCAGUUUUAGUACCUAAUGCUACGGAAGAUGGAUCUCUCUCUCUCUCUCUCUCUGGUAAGAGGGUAAGAGAGGGAAGAUCUGGUUUGAUGUAGUUCUAAAGUAGAUGCUACCGAAAGUGCUGUCAGAUCUAUUUUAAUCCAAUUUGUUUUGUUUGUUCUGCGGUUGGGGGGUUUUAUUUUUAUUUUUUAUUUGGUCUGUGUGUUUGUUGGCGGGGGGAGGGGUGUUGGUGUGAUAUUUUUCUUCUGUAUAUUACGGUGUCACCAUAGAAUGAACACAGUUGUCAUCAAAUGUUAUCCUGGUUUGUUCUUGCCGAUGGCAUUGUGAUAACAGAAAGUCAUUACCUUGCAAUUUUAAAGUUUUUUUUUUUUUUUUUUUUUUUU